AGUGCCACCGCCGUCAGCGCCAUGCAGCCCUUCCCGGCGCUCCUCUGCAUCCUCGCCGCGCUUCUGCCCGCCGCCGCCGCGCACCUCUGGGCCUGGAUGUACGCUCUGCCCCAACACCCGCCCGACAGAGCCGCGCUGGGCAGAAGCGCCGGGCCGGGGGGCAGCGCGGAGGAGGUGACCCCGUGCGGCCCCACCACCCCCUGUGCCCACGGACACUUCUGUGAUGAACACUUCGGGCUGUGUCUGCCCACGCGGCCCGCCGGGCAGUACUGCCGCCGCGACACCCACUGCGCCCACGGCCUCCUCUGCACCUUUGGGAAGUGCCAGCAGCCCGUGCCCGACGGGCAGGAGGGAGCACGGUGCCAACGGGAUGAGGACUGCGGGGCGGGCGGCUGCUGUGCACGGAGGCACGGCGAGUUGCUGUGCCAGCAGCGGCUGGAGUUGGGGCAGAGCUGCCAUGUGCCCCCCGGGGGGUUGGCCUUCAGCAUCAACCAGGUGUGCCCCUGCCAGGCUGGGCUGGUGUGCCGAGCAUCGCCUCCACCACGAGAGAAAGCGUUUGAAUAUUGGCCAGAGAAGAGCGAGUGGAGGUGCCGGCAGCCCUGAGCCAGCGGCGCUGUAUUUAUUCCCUGUAAAUAGCGUGUACAGCCCCACUGCACCCCAAAGCAGGACGUGUCCCUCCCCAGGAGCCGGGCAGGUCCCGGCCGAUCCCAAACCCCACCAGGAGAGGCUGCAGUCACCGCAGAGCUGAGCUGUGCGUGGUCUCAGCCCCCCUCCCCGCCCCCCCCCGCACCCCCACCAGGCACAGCCGCGGGGAGAUCU